UGCCGAGCAACACGCCACCCCCACCCCGCCUCCAAAGACACCGCGCCACCAACCCGCUCGCCGCUGUCACCAUGAAGGCCGCUCUCGCCACCAUCGCUGUCCUCCUCCUGGCCCUCGGCUGGGCCUCCGAGGCCGUGCAGGUCGAGGAGAACGGGUUGUCCUUCUCCCUGGAGGCCGUCAAGAGGCUCCAGGAGCUGACGGAGAGCAGAGUCGCCGCGGCGCCGCAGAGCCCGCGUCUCCGGGCGAGCUCCGGGUCGCUCUGUGCCGACCCCAUGCUGCCGCAGGAGCUGCUGCCCCUCUGUAGGUUCAGGGGGGCGUCCGCGUCCCUCGCCAGACUCGCUAUGGUUCCCAUUGACGUCUGCGAGAUCUGCGCCUUCGCCGCCUGCACCGGCUGCUGAACCGACGCCGCCAGCCCCAGGCGUCCUGCCCAGCUUAAGACUUGUGAUUCUUCUACUUCCCACUGAAAACUCUGUCAGGGAACUUCUCAAAUGUUUUCUUGCGAUGUCGGGAUGAUGACUUGAUGUUCCCUGGACGCAGAAGGCUCUGACUUUGGCCCAAUGGUCACAUUUAGAGAUAAAUUUACUCUCAAAAAGAAAUCUGACAAAAAAAGGUCUGUUUUUUUUAAAACUGUUACUUCGUAGAACCACUUCAUUUUCUGCUGACAGUUAUUUUUCAUAUAUUUUUGAAAUUGAUACUGUUUGUUACAUUUCUAUCUUACCAAGCUUUGUGAUGUAUACAUAUUUUGAAAAUUAGUUUCUUUUUACCUUAUGUCCCUUUGUUUUUAUUAACUAUGUUUUGAAUUAAAAG